UUUUGAAAGCGGAUUGAUGAAGCCUGAAUUCACAAGUCAGGACGCUCCAAAAUCAAAAUAGCCAGCUAGUUAUUUAUUCGUUGCUCUGACCAUGGCUUGUUUCCAAGACAGGUUUUAAACGCUAGAAACAAUGUACCAUGUACUUUUAAUGUUAUUUUCUAAUAUACAGUGAAUGCAUGUAUACUGUGGUGAGGUGAGACUUUCCCCACCACUCUUACGUUAGCUAGCUAGCAUGUUAUGUUUUGGUUUCUAGCUUGCAAACCUGCUAGCUACACUGCAUUACAAAGAAGAGCUGGUUAUCUGAUACAUGGCAGGUUUAUGACUUGUGUCUGGUAAUAUUUAAAGAACCAGACAGCCUGGAUAGUGGUCACUGAGCCGUGAGUUAGGCGGGUUAUUAAUAAUAAACCAUUUUAUAAUAAAUGUUGUGUCUAGGCAGCAGUUAUAUGAGACAUGGAGCGUCACGCAGGAAGCAGCAGCAGCAUUAGCAGCAUUAGCACUCAGCGUCAGUCUAAAAGAGACAGAGACUUUAAUGAAGAUCCGUCCACUCAGAAGCGGUUUCGAGCUGGUGGUGAGACGCAAGCCCCCCGCUCUCUGAGUACUCGAGCACAGCUGUAUGAACGUGUCUUCCCUCAGUACAGACAGCCUGUGGAGGUCGGGGUCUUUUCUCUGGACUCAGACAGAGCCUUCUUUAACGACUCCAGACAGCUGCGUUACUACGUGGACCCGGGUAACAAACCCAGCUUCAACCUGCGGGAUGGUUACAGAGACCGCUUCAUUAAAAGAGAUGACGGGGUCAAAGAGAGACUUGACCAUAUAUUGCGGUGGAUUAUAGCAAACAGAUCCAAACUACACUCCACACACACUUCUUCAUCCUCCUGUACACUAGGUGUAGACUUUGUCACUUGGCGAGGCCACUUAACGAAGCUGUUGACCACUCCGUAUGAGACGCAGGAGGGAUGGUUGCUGGCUGUGUCCAAGUUCAGAGGCACUCUCUACAUGAGCGAAGUGGAGACAGAGGCUGCCCGAGUUAACCGAGAGAACCGUACAGAGAGGCAUGAGGAGAUGAUGUACUGGGGCUACAAGUUUGAGCAGUACAUCUGUGCAGAUGAUGUGAACGGUGUCCCAGACCGAGGAGGGGUUGUCAACACAAACGAGGCUUUCUGCACAGUAGUCCAGACUCGCCUAGCAGACCAUAAGCUACUGUUCUCUGGUGAGGUGGACUGCCGAGAUAAGGACCCUAGAGCUCCUCCAGCUCCGGCCUGCUACGUCGAGCUAAAGACCUCAGCUGAAAUCUGCACCCCGAAACAGCGCAGUAACUUUCACAGAUAUAAGCUGCUGAAAUGGUGGGCCCAGUCAUUUCUUCCUGGAGUUCCACGUAUCGUUGCUGGAUUUCGAGACCAUGAUGGUGUAGUGGUGUCUGUAGAGACGUUCCACAUCUCAAAAAUAUCCCAACUGAUUAAGAAUGAGUACAACUGCUGGAAGCCGACAGUCUGUAUGAACUUCUGUAGCGAUUUCCUGUCCUUUGUGAAAUCUGUUGUAAAAGAGGAUAAUCCAAGGGUGGUGUACCUGUUUGCAUGGGACCCACAUAGAGACGUGACCUACACAGUUCACAGAGACUCCCAGUAUACGUUCCUUCCUGACUGGUAUAUCAAGGAAAUGGCAAGCCAUCAUCACCACCAUGUCUCUAACCCUAACAUUUAACACGGUAGCCAAUGAACCAAGAUUAUUUUCUUGUCUGAAGUUUUCUUCUUUAGUUUAGUACAUAUAGCUAACAUAUAAAUGAAGCUUAUAAGCACCAGUUUAGCACUGAAGCUCCAGUACAGAACUAAAGAAGCAAACAUACACCAUACAGCCAAAAGUAUGUGGAUAUCUGACCAUCAUACCUAUAUGUGCCCAAUCCAAAAACAGCCUCCAAUCUUAUGGAAAGACUUUCCACUAGAUUUUGGAGCGUGGCUGUGGAAGUUUGUGCUUAUUCAGCCUCUGAUGUCAAGUAAGAAGGCCAAGGGUGCAGUUGGCGUUCCAGUUCAUCCCAAAGGUGUUCAGGGUAUUUGAGGUCAGGGCCCUGUCUAGGGUUCUUCCACAUCAACCUUGGCAAACCAUGCCUUCAUGGACCUUGCUUUGUGCACAGGGGUACUGUCAUGAUGAAACAGGUUUGGGCCCUUGCUUUCCAAUGAAGGGAAAUCUUAAUGCUACAGCGUACUAAGACAUUCUAGAUAAUUGUGUGCCUCUAACUUUGUUGCAGAAGUUUGAGGAAGGCCCACAUAUGGGUGUGAUGGUCAGGUGACCACAUACUUUUGGUCAUAUAGUGAACCUGUAAAACUCAUGCUUCCACACAGUACAAUACAAUCAUGUUAAUUUAAUUUAUGAAUGAUGAUGACAUAGAGAAUCAUUUUAAAUCAGUUACACGUCAGUUAAAAAAAUCAGAUCGUUACACCCCCAUUCUUUAACUGGGUCUCUGUACACAAUUAAGAGUCAAAGCUGCUUUUUGUCUUUUGUGGAUAAGCCUAUUUUUAAUCCUGUUUUGCAGCCUGACUCAUUUGGCUUUGCUACCAGAAAAUGUGAGUUGCUCUACGCUAUACUUUUAAAUGUGUGUGAUUGUAUUCAUUGUUGUUUGAGAUUUCUUAUAAGCUGUCAACAAAUUCACAUUAAAUUGCAGUCAGUUUUGGAACCAUACAAGAAAACAAAGCAAUAAAUAAACACUUUCAAUGCUUGAAAAGCUUCA